GAGACUCAAAACAGUGACCUUAUUUCGAACUGAUAAAAAUGUUUCACCCACAUCACUAUAGCUGUCAGAGACGCCUUUCGCCAUGCGUGUUUGUUUACUACUUGAAUUUGUGUUCGGGGUUGUGCUAGCGGAUAGUAUUUUAGAUUUUUAUUGUAAAUCAAAUAGUAUUCAUACAAUUUAUUACUAUUCAAAAUGUCUCUAUUUACCCGUACGGACGUAACCGCAGUAAAAUUAUAUCAAAACUAUAUUUUUUCUGGUGUUGGCAGUUUCGUCAAUGUUUACGAUAAGGUGUCUGCGAAGUUAUUAAUGAGAAUUGAAGGUCUUAAGAGCCAGAAAAUAUAUGGUUUUGUGAGUUCCAAAUUUGGGGAAAGAAUGUUAAUUUUUGGUGGUAAACAAUUUGCAGUAUUGACUAUAGGAACCUCAGAAUCGGGUAUUGAACUGGAUAGAGUUGUAGACCCGAUAAUAUGUGACGACUGGCUUCAUUCUGCAGUUUGGAUUGAUCAUGACACAGUCGCUCUACUUACUGCACAUAACGUUGUUCAAAAAUGGAGCAUAUCCAAUAAAGUCGAGUUGUCCAGCCAUCAUAGUAAAGACAACUCCAUCCUCUACAGUGGCCUGCUGUUGCCGGUGCAGGAUGACCUGGUGGUGUUUGCCGGGACCGUGUUCUCCGUCGUCAUUAUAUACCGUUGCGGUAGCAGUACACCGUUACACCAUUUAGAAGGACACCGGGGUGUCAUAUUCUCAAUAUCUUGCGAUCCACAAAAAGAAAUCAUUGUGACGACAUCAGACGACAGAUCAGUUCGCAUUUGGGGAAUCCAUAACAAACUUGGAUAUCCGAAGAACACCCUAGAUUAUUGGGACAACGUUACUAUUGAACACAGGAAUAAAGUAUAUGGACACACAGCCAGAGUUAUGAGGAACUUUAUAACCGAGAAAUUAAUUAUAUCCGUUGGUGAAGACUCGGCUAUAUGUUACUGGGAUGUCGAAGGUACAUUGUUGCGGAAGGUAGACUGCCAUCAGAAUGCGACGAUCUGGUCUCUUGACGCCGACGAGCGGCAUGUAGUUACUGCUGGAGGCGACAGCGGUAUCAUCCUCCACCCACUCACAGCAGCAUCUGACUGCAGUCAAAAAGAAUCUCUCAACAUUAUAGAAAAUCCUAAAAUGGUCAUCUUUACUGCUAAAAGACAUAUAAUAGUGAUAAAUGAAAGCAAUAAACUGGUUUAUUACAAUGUUGCUGAGAAGAUUAAAUCAGUAGAAGAGUUAAACCAUGAAUCUACAUAUAAAAUGGUUGCUAUGUCAUCCUGUAGGGAACUGAUUGCCAUAUGUGACAUGACUGGGAAAGUCAAUAUAUUCAGUGAAAGUAACACAGGGACAUGUCUUCAAAGUGUUGUAGAUACAAAUGUUCAGCUUGGGAGGUUACGAAGUCUCCAUUGGGUUGGUAACACUCAUUUAGUCUUCUGUAAUGAUGACGGUGUUAUAUCUGUCUUUAAAAUGAAAGAUCAACUACUUAGUUCAUAUGGCACCUUUACACUACCAAGUAGUAAAGAAAAAUGGCUGACUGCCUGCGCUAUAGACUUUAAAGAAGACAUAUUACUAUGCAGUGAUAGAUGUGGUAAUCUACACAUAUUUAAGAGACAAGAAUCUAAACCAAUUAAGACAUGGAACAAAGCCACAUGCCGAUACGGAGCUACUUCUAUUAUAGUUAAAGAAGAUGUUAUUUUAACAACAGGCAGAGAUGGGCAUGUUAAUAUUUUCCAAAUAAACUCUAAAGACUUGACCCAAAGCGGUUAUUUAUCGUCUAAAGAAAUACAAUUUCAGUGGGUAGAGAAAUUCUUGGACAGUGAACAUAACUUGUUAUGCGGGUUUCAAGAAAGGACGUUUGUUGUUUUAAAUCUGAAAACUGAUACGAAAAUUGUAGAGUUUGAAUGUGGAGGAGGACACCGGUCAUGGGAUGCCGUACACUACUGGACAGAGGUCAGUGGAAAAAAAGAAGAAUAUAUAAGAAUGAUCUACAUAAAGCAGUCUACCAUAAACUCCGCUACAUUUGAACUUAGUAAAAUUCUAUCCAAGAAUAUUGUAAACGGAUCACAGUCUAAAGCUAUCAACUGUUUGAAGACCUAUAAAACUCACUUAGAUAGUUCAAUGACGUAUUAUAUUUCUGGUGGAGAAGAUACUACCGUUCGCUUGUCUGGUGUCAAUAAAGAAAUGGCUUUUGAAGAUUUGGUGACUUACAGGCAAUUGUCGAAUAUAAGGACUCUGAAAACGUAUCAGGUGGAUAAGAAUCGUCUUCUAGCCAUAUCAGCAGGCGGGAGAGCACAAAUCUGCAUAAACGAAUUCAAAUUUGAAAAAUGUCACGAUCGUAUUAAAGUAUCAUCGCAAGAAUUAGUGAAUUAUAUGAUAAAGGGCUCGGAAUUGGAACGGAAGAGGAAUAAAUCAAAUAGCGAGAAUGAUUUCGACCCCGAGACCAGAGUCAUGGACUUGGACAUUAUUAUGCUGCACGAUUCCUUUAUUAUCUUUGCCGGUUGUUCAGACGCCUACUUACGAGCGUUCAAAUGCACUAAAAACAAUACGAUCAGUUUUAAAGAAUUUAAAGUCGAGCAAACACCAAAGACUUGCAUUUUAAAAGUGCAAAAUAUAAACGUUUUAAACAAAGAUUUGUUGGUCACAUGCACGACAAUAGGAGAAGUAGUAUUUUGGCAUGUUUUUGACCUUGCAACGGUCCGACUGGAAGUCAUCCUCUCUUUGAGACCUCACCAAUGUGGAAUCAAUUGUAUUGCAUAUAAAACCUUUUUGGACAAAAUUCUCAUCGCUACUGGAAGCGACGAUAACUCCAUACAUUUAAACCUUCUGCAAAUGACAACAAACCCUUCAAAGCAAAGAGAUAUAUCACUAAAAGUGGUACACAGUUGGUCGACGGAUAAGUUUCAUAGUUCUCAGAUAACAGGGUUAGUUUUACUAGAUAGUGUAAUGGUAUCAACUUCGAUCGACCAGAGAAUCACUGUGUUUCAUUGGGAGGCGACGGAUGAUGAAGUCAAAUGUGAAUUCGUGAGCCAAGUCUACAGUGACGUCGCGGAUAUUCAUGGCUUGGACAUCGUGGAAGCUGCGAGCGAUUCAGUAACAGUAUGUGUCUUCGGGAAGGGCAUGGAAGUUAUCCGCUUAUCAACUGAAACGGUGAAAGACAUACACACAUAAACUCACGCCCUUAAUCCCUAAUGGGGUGGGCAGAGCUAUAAGUAAUCAGACGACAACUUGCAGCCACUGUUGAUACGAAUUCCUGAUAUGAAUAUGAAGAACCUUAUGGUGACAAGGGAUCAGCCUAUCGCCCAUAACAAUAGGCUAGUUUCCAACUAGUCAAAUCAGCUACUUUUUACUAAACGUCAAAACACGAAAUUACAAUGGAAUUUGUAAGAAAAAGCACACUGUGACGUCAUAGAGAAACGUGAUAAAAUGUCGAACUUAUUAUUACGUUUUCUUGAUUAAAAUUCAUAAAUAAGUUAAAUAGGAAAAAGAAAAUAUUUUUCGUUAAGUUUUAGAUCUGUCUUUGUUUAGUAAUCAGAAUUUCAUAAUUUAUCUUUAACCUAGUACACGACACAAUUGUCCAUGAUGUUAGAUAAUAAAUAAUCCCUCUGUCGGAUUUUACGACAUGCCCGGGGAGACAAGCUGUCAUGAGCAAAAUAUAAUGUACCCACUUUAGGACUCUGUCGCACUAACAUGUAUUUGACAUUUAGUGAGACUUACAGUUAAAUUUUUCAAAAAAGUUAAUGUGACAUGGUGCCAAAGUGUAUAUACAUAUUAAUGCACCGUGACCGUACGCGGUCUUUUUUUAUACACUUUAUUCAUGAAAACAUUUUAAUUGUUAUUUAUUAUAUAAUUAUUAUUGAGUAUAAGUGACAUCUUAGCUACUAAAUUAAAUGUAACUGUAAUUAUAAAUACUGUCUUUGGCGGCGGAAGUGUUCUCCCACCCCUUUUAUCGCGCCAUCGGAGGGUCUCCCGCCUGGAAGUAAUCUAGCGUGGCCCACAUGGAAGUCUUUAAAUAGGCUCCGGACACAGGUUGGCCGCUGUAAGGAUAAUCUCUGCAGGUGGGGAUACCUGGUUGAUGGUUGCGAUGAUUGCGAGUGUGGAGUAUCACCACAAACUAUGGCUCACCUUUUGUGCUGUCCUAAGUGCCCUAACACCUGCACUAUUGAAGACCUGUACGAAGCCACUGACAAUGCCGUAAGCGUGGCCAAUUAUUGGUCAGCAAAAAUUUAGCUUCGAUCGCCAUCGACUCGCAAAGAAGAAGAUUAUAAAUACAGGGUGUUAGUGACAUCGUAACAAAAACUUUGAGGGGUGAUUGAGGCCAUGAUUCUGAGAUGAUAUCAAGUGGAAUUUUCCGUCGCAAAAGUAUGGAAUUGAAAAUAAUUAAAAAAAACACAAAAAAUUUCAGGAAUAUUCAGACUGAAAAUUCCACUUGAUAUCAACUCAGAAUCAUGGUCUGAACCAUCCCCCUCAGUAUUCGUUACGGUGUCACUAACACCCAUACCUACUUGUAUGGCUACCGUAUGUACUUGUGUGGGGUGUAAGUGACAUCGUAACGAAUACUGAGGGGGAUGAUUCAGCUGAUUAUUC